AUGGGGGGAACAGGGAGGGAUACGGGGGGCUCAGGGCGGUGCGCGGGGGGAGAGGCUGCCGGGGAUGGCGGGGCAGAAGCGCCCAGGGGUGCCGGGGGCAAUGCCCGGGAUGGUGGUGGCGAUGCCGAGGCAGGGCCAGCCGGGGGCACCGGAGGGGGUACCGAGGAGGGUACCGGGGGAGAAGCGGCGCCGGCAACAGCGGGCAACACCCUGCGCCGACAGGAACCCACUUGGCUUCAGGACGAGGACGAGGAGCUGUGGCCUGAGUUCCCCCCCUGCUCGUCCCCAGAGGGGGCCACCAGCCCCACGUCCCCCACAUCUCCCACAUCCCCUAUGUCCCCCAUAUCGCCCACCUCUCCCACAUCCCCUCUGUCCCCCACAUCCCCUGUGUCCCCGGCAUCCCCCACAGCUGGCACCACUGAGGACACAGGAGGCAGCAAGAGGGGUGCUCCAGCGGGGGGGCCACGGGACAAGGCAGCCCCUGGUUCGGCGGGACAGAGGCUGAGGCCAGAGGGCGCCGGGGGACGGCCACGAGUGGGGUCCCGGGCACAGGGGCGCUGCGCCAUCCUGGAGAAGUUCGGAGGGGCUGCCAAGGGCCCAGCCCCACACCUGCGGCGCUCAGGGGGUGCCGCCACGGUCAAGACAAUGCUGCUGGAGUGGUGCCGUGCCCGCACCCGUGGGUACGCGAACGUGGACGUGCAGAACUUCUCGGGGAGCUGGGGCAGCGGCCUGGCCUUCUGCGCCCUCCUGCACAGCUUCUUCCCCGACGCCUUCGACUUUGCCACCCUGGAGCCCAACGCCCGCCGGGAGAACUUCGCCCUGGCCUUCGCCACCGCCGAGGAGCGGGCGGGCUGUGCCCCGCUGCUGGAGGUGGAGGACAUGGUGCGGCUGCCGGUGCCCGAUGCCAAGUGCGUGUACACGUACGUGCAGGAGCUGUACCGCUGCCUGGUGGCCAAGGGGCUCGUGAAGACCAAGAAGCGCUGAGAGGGUCCCCCACAGCCCCCACCUGUGCCAUCCCCCUUUCUGUCCCCUGCUCUGUCCCCCAGCAGUAAAGGCCAUGG